AUGGCCCUCGACGUCAAAGGGGCCUUUGACAACGUCAACCACGAGGCUAUCAUGGAGGGCCUCAACAAUACAAACUGCGGCAGGAAGACCCACGACUACGUCAGGAGCUUCCUCUCGGGCAGAACGGCGACGGUCGGCCUGGGCGAGCUGAGGAGCGGUAUCUUUGCAACGCCUAGCAGAGGUACGCCCCAAGGCUCGGUAAUCUCGCCCGUACUGUUUAACGUGGCGAUGCUGGGCCUAGCGAAGAGACUCGAAAAGAUCCAGGGAAUCCGGGACGCGAUGUAUGCGGACGACAUCACGGUCUGGACCACCUGCGGAACCUUGGAAGAAAAGCGAGCGGCGCUGCAAGAUGCGGCCAAGUGCGUCGAAGACUACGUGAAGGAGAGGGACUUCAGGUGCUCCACCGAAAAGUACGAACUGCUAAGAGUCGGCAGACAUCCCACCAAGGCGAAACUGGAGGUCAGCCUCGAAGGACAACUCAUACCCGAACGCAACAUGAUACGCGUCCUCGGCAUGUGGCUGCAAGGCAGCAGAAAGUGCAACCACACCAUCGGCCUCCUCAAGAAGUCGACCGAGAACGUGAGUAGAAUGAUAAACAGGGUCUCCCAGAAGAGGCACGGCAUGAGAGAAGACGACACUCUCAAGCUCGUCAACAGCCUGAUCGUCAGCAGAGUCAUGUACUCGCUACCCUACCAAGUGAGGACUAAAACGACCAACGAAGAGAUUGAAGUCGUCCUGAGGAAAGCCUACAAGACGGCGCUGCACCUGCCGAGAAACACCUCCAACGAAAAGCUGAUGCAACUAGGGGUGAGCAAAACAUUCGUCGGAAUGGCGGAAGCACAGCGGAAGGCGCAAAUGAAAAGACUAACGGGGACCUACACGGGGCGAAACCUGAUCGGUAGGCUGGGCUUCGAAAUAGGAGACGUCGACCGGUACGAGGACGUACCGGCGGGAAUUAGGAAAACUUUUAACGUAAAGCCUAUACCGAAGAACAUGGAUCCCAGGCUCCACGAAGGCAGAAGGAAAGCUAGGGCCGAAUACAUAGAAAAGACAGUGGCUAGAGAAGAGAACACUCUCUUCACGGACGCGAGCAUAAGUGUAAUAGGAAGCGAGGCAAAGGCCAUCGCGGUAGUAAUGAACAAGGAGGAAAAGCUUGUCUCGUGCGUCUCGGCCGAGAUAUGGAGCGUAGCUGAAGCCGAGGAAAUCGCCGUGGCGCUGGCGGCGAUGCAAGGCUAUAGGGGGAAUAAAUCACUAAAUAUUCUCACAGACUCGAAAGAGACCUGUCCCAACUACAUGAGGGGCAGAAUAUGCAAAACUGCCCCUAGGAUCCUCAGAGGGAGUAACCCCUCGGAGGAGGCGGAAAUCAAACACAAUCUGAUCUGGAUACCUGCAGGCACGAGGGCAUAA